CGCCCCGUUAUGUUAUGGAAGAAUUGAACUUAUUGCUGGGCUGGUUAUUCAGAGCCAGCAAUGAAUUGGCUGCCGGAUUUCGUCCCGCAACUAGAAGAAGAUCGCUUCGGGGGUCACUGUGGCGUGGCUGAAUGUAGAGCAGUCCGCCCCUACAGCCUUUGAUCAGUAGAUUAUUUAGAACUUCGGAAGAUGGUCAAGGUAGCUUGCUUCCAAGCCACUGCACUAGAUGCGCAUGUAGUCGGCCCAGAAUGCCUCUGUUCUAUACUAAAAUACUACUUCGGAUGAAUGGGGAAUUACGGCAGCAACAAAGCGGCCCAGCUCGCUGCACCAAAACAGUCCAGCUCGGCAGCGGCAAACCUCAACAGUACUCCGGCUCAACAGAAGCAAGGCAGCCCAGCUCGGCAGCAGCCAAGUAACCCAGCUCGACAGCAGCAAAGCAGUCUCUCAGCUCGGCGGCAUGCACCGAGCAAAUUUGUAAUGAAGCUCGUUGAAGAAGACGCGAGCAAUCAACAUAAUAUGAUGAUGGUCAGCCCGAAUUUGCAACAAGCAUCUAAGUUCACAAACAGAACAAUCUUAACAAGGCAAGACGAGCUCGAGCUUGAUGGCAGCGACAAGCAUUCUCCCAGCUCGAAUCCAAGAGCAAAAUCCCUCCAAUCAGCUGCUAGGGAACAAAGGCCUAUGGUUCCAAUGACAGAGAAAGGUGAUGGCAGCUUGAGAGCAGAGGCAUUCAACCGCCCACGUAGCAUCACCGAACCAUUCGGAGGCUUGAAAAAUUUGCCAAUAAAGCUGAGCAUGAGAAGCGAACUGCAAGAACAUGAGCUGCGAGCUGCUGAGUUCAAAAGCACGAGCUACCGAGCUCAAACACAAGCUGCAGAGAGGUCAAACACUUACUGCCAAGGUCAGCCACGAGCUGCAGAGGCCGAGCAUGAAGUGCAGAACUUGAACACGAGGUGCAGAGGACGAGCAUGAGUUGAAAGAAAUGCAGCACGAGCUGCAAGGUGUCAACACCCUCAACAAGGUGCCGACACUUUUCCUGCAUUUGUCCUGAAGAGUCCGUGUCGGGUUUUUGUCCUUCUCUGCAAAUUUUGUUAACGAGAUGGAAAAGUGCAGGGACUCCAUGUGGGGUGGGUUCUAGAGAAAUCCCUUUAUGAUGAGCUCCUCCAUCAAAAUUAUAUACGGGCUAUGAACAACUCCUCCAUCCAAUUUUAAA